UACGGUGGCGUUUUAACAAAAUGGCCGCGCCCGUGGAUGAACAAGAUGAACGAGAAUUUAUAAAACAAGGCGCUGAAGCAAAGGUUUUUCGAGAAACCUUUUAUGGGCGACCAUGUAUAAGCAAGGAGCGAUUCUCCAAGGCUUAUAGACAUGCAAGCCUGGACAAGACAUUGACCUUUCAAAGGUUGAAGUCGGAAAUACGGGCAAUGAACAAAUGCCGUCUUCUUGGGAUACCUGUUCCAUGUUUGUUCCAUGUCAACACAGCCACCAGCACAUUCUACAUGGAAGAAAUAACUAACUCACAAACUGUGCGAGACUAUAUUGUGAACAUGCAGAAAUUCCAUCCAGAUAAGGCCAUCGAAAAGCUAAGACCUCUGGCUAAAAAAAUCGGUCGCCUUCUUGGUAAAAUGCAUGCUGGGAAGGUUAUCCAUGGUGAUCUGACAACAUCCAAUAUGCUGUUAAGAGGAGACCCGGAAAACUUGGAUAUAGUCAUGAUAGAUUUCGGGCUAAGCUUUUCCGAAGGCUUGCCUGAGGACAAAGGUGUGGACCUGUACGUGUUUGAGAGGGCCCUUCUCUCUACGCAUCCAAACACAGAAGAGCUGUUUACGGAAGUCAUGGAGUCGUACAGGCAGGAGAAUGGAGAAGAAGCACAGGAAGUCAUUGGGAAGUUGGAUGAAGUAAGAAUGAGAGGAAGAAAAAGGACCAUGGUUGGGUGAAAAUGGAAAAAAAUAAUUACAAUUAUGUAGUACUUGUGAUAAUAUUUAAAUGAAAUGGUUUGUAAUUGGUUUGGCAUAAGUGCUAUGUUUUACUUCAAAAGUGGACAGGUACUUGUUAUGUACCUGAUACAUUGUUUGGACUGACCUCUCAUUUUAUUUGUCACCUUUAAAAUGAUGUAUUAUCAUUACAUAAACCAAAAUAUGACUUAAAACUUG